GCGCGCACCCGCCCCUUCCGGCUGUCACUUGGCUAACAAGCAAGACAUCCAUGGCUGCCCUCAGCAAAAUAACAUGCAACUGCUAUGAAGUCGGUCACACUUGGAACCCGUCGUGUAUGCAGUCCACCGUGGACAUAACGAGGGGUGCGCUGGAGGUCUCCUUCAAAAUAUACGCCCCGCUUUACGUGAUAGCAGCUAUUCUUAGGAGAAGGAAGAAGGAUUACUACUUAAAAAGGCUCCUUCCUGAGAUCUUACAAUCUACCUCUUUCCUCACUGCCAAUGGAGGUCUCUAUAUAUUCUUCUUCUGCAUUCUCAGGAAACUGCUGGGAGGGUUUUAUUCAUGGUCCGCUGGGUUUGGCUCAGCUCUGCCCGCCUCCUAUAUCGCUAUCCUCCUGGAGCGUAAGAGCAGGAGAGGGCUUCUCACUAUAUACAUGACAAAUCUCGCAACUGAGACCUUGUUCCGCAUGGCCGUGACACGGGGCCUCAUCACACCUAUCAAACAUGGCGAGGUGCUCCUCUUCUGCAUAACUGCAUCCCUCUACAUGUUCUUCUUCAGGAGUAAAGAUGGCCUUAAAGGCUUUGCAUUUUCCGCAUUGAAAUUCAUCAUCGGCAAGGAAGAGAUCCCAUCUCACUCUGUUCCGGCCGAGCAGGUUGCCGCAAGUCCCCGAGAGGCGUUGGCUGCCUCAGAGCCUUCACAUGCCUCAGUAAUGCGGAUCGACUCGAGGAGCAAAUCUUUGCUGGCCUACGCCAGAGAACUGCUGGAGUCAAUAUGUAAACGAGGUCCAAAACACAGAUGCUGUAAACAUCAUCAAGACAACUGCAUUUCCUAUUGCAUUAAAGGUUUUGUGAGGAUGUUCAGCGUCGGCUACUUGAUUCAGUGCUGCCUUAAAGUGCCCUCAGCUUUCCGGUACCUCUUCUCGAAACCCUCACGGCUCCCCUCCCUCUUCUACAACAAAGACAACUUCCAGCUUGGGGCCUUUUUGGGCUCUUUUGUCAGCAUCUACAAGGGAGCAAGCUGCUUGCUUCGUUGGUUGCGGGAUAUUGACGACGAGCUCCACGCUUUGGUGGCCGGAUUCCUGGCGGGUAUCUCCAUGUUCUUCUACAAGAGCACGUCGAUAUCCAUGUAUCUCUUCUCUAAGCUGGUGGAGACCUUGUACUUCAAGGGCAUCGAGGCUGGCCAUUUCCCGUACUUCCCACAAGCGGACACAUAUCUCUACGCCAUCUCCACCGCCAUCUGCUUUCAAGCUGCUGUGAUGGAGAUGCAGAAUCUUCGGCCCGCCUAUUGGAAGUUUCUUCUGCGUCUCACUAAGGGCAGGUUUGGCCUGAUGAAUCGACAGCUGCUCGAUGUUUUUGGCACUCAGGCCUCCAGGCAAUUUCAGGGGUUUGCGCCCCAACUGGACCCACGCUAUGUUUCGGUGCCCAGCCAAACAGUGCUUCCACCAGGGGGCGACGUUCAGCUUGGAUGACGCGGGUCAAGUGUGUGGGAGGAAGGGCUGAGGUGAUUAGAAAUGGUCAUCUUUUGCUAAGAGAUGUGUUAUUUGGAGGACAUCUUGACCAGCCUGUUCUGGGGAGGGAGUUGGCCAGAUGUGAUUGAUGCGUAUGACGGCGUAGCGCUACUCUGUGAGCUAAUGAAACUGUGCAGUGACCAUUUAUGCAAUUUUCGGAUAAAAUGGCCGUCAAGGUUGUAGCAUUCCACCACUCACAUCUUUCUUUCUCAGGUUCCCCUCGAAUUUUAUCGCAAGCCAAGCGUGUUGAGUGUUUGGAAUUGUUGUUUUAACGAUCAAACUAAUGUUUAUGUUUUCUUUACAUUAAUAACAUUUGGAAAAAUCAGAUAAUCCAUCAGUGAACAGUGUGGUUGACUGCGUAAUUUAUACAUACAGGUAUAUGAUUGGUGUUUAGACGAACUCAACCCAGUCAUUCAGGAAUGGGAAACAUGGCCCAUGAAAGAAUUUGUUCCGUCCAACCUUGAAUUCUAAAAACAGAUGAAACCCUGAGCAUCUGCUGCAAAGAAACAGCCACAAAUGCUCAGCAUCUAUAAUAAAUAACAAAUAAUUUUGCUCAUUGCAAAAUCAUUUUUAAAAAAUAUUGUAUGACCACCUGGCCCCUGAUAGCAAAAGGGGUCGCACCCUACACUCAUGGGCACAGUGCAUUAUUUUCAUUUUAAUCAACAAUAAUUUACAACGACAGUCAAAUUUGACUGGAGUUCAUGUCACAUUUUCACCAUUGAUGACACAGUAGUGCAGUUUGAAAUUACUUUGUCUGAAAGGGACAUAUGGAAAAUUGACUUUUUAAUGACUUGUAUAUAAACCCAUUCGGUGUAAAAAUGCACAGCCAAGUAAUCUGUAAUUGCUGUUUGAGGUAUUUUGAUGAGAAAUUGUCACAGACAUGUCACUAAGACACGUGGGAAUUGUUUUUAAUUAUAAAAAAAAAAAAUCAUGUCUCCUUUAACAUCUGAACGGAACAGAAUAUAAUGCAUCAUAAAUUACUUUGUUAUUGUUAGACUUUGAUUGACCAAAAUGGACGGGAGGAACGUCACAUUAUUUUCAUUUGUUGUUUGAUAUUACCAUGACAGAUGUAGACCAGUCCAAAUAGUGGAAUUGUUUGAGUUAACGGCACAAUUAAAUGUUUGUCUAAUGUUUACCACCUGUCCAAAGAAACUAAUUUUAUAUUUGUUUGUUGGGUUUCAGUUUACAUAGCUGCAGGAACGGUUUUACUCAACGCAUCCACAGGUUGGAAAACUGUUUACCCCUAUACAUUCAUAGCGUGUGCCAAAAACCGUAUAACAUUUGAAGUGACUUUAACAUAUUUUACAGAAAUGAGUUUUAUCUGCUGGUUUAUUCUCAAGUGGACCACAAUUGGUCAUGUAAAAUUGGGCUGUGAAAAUCCAGUUUGUUUCUGAAUAUUUUACACCCAACACUCCGAGACAGCUUUCGACACACGUGACCUCUGUUAGGUUAUUCAUUGUUGAAAAGAUGACAUCAUAGUAAUAAAAUCUGUUUAUUACACUCAUA